AUGAAGACAGACCAAGACGAGAGAGAGCACCAUCACUCCCAUCAUUACAGUCAUCAUCACCAACCCCUGCAAAACUCAGGCAGUGCCCACAAUAUCACUAGGCCUUGUAAAAGCUGGUCAGGCAGCCGGCAGAAUUCCAAGGAGUGCCCGAACUGUGCCAAGCUUACGGUGCCAGCCCAACACUCGUUUGAUCUGGAGCAGCACCAAGCCAGCGAAUCCGGUUGGCGUAGGAAAAAGCUGGAACGCAUGUACAGUAUCGACAGAGUGUCUGGUGAGUCAGAUGAUGUCCCUGUACGGACUUGGUUUCCUAAGGAAAAUCUCUUCACCUUUCAGACCGCCACCACAACUAUGCAAGCACACAGGAAUUUCCGAAAGCACUUACGGAUGGUCGGAAGCCGCAGAAUGAAAGCUCAGUCUUUUGCUGACCGUCGAGAAAGGAGCUUCAGCCGGUCCUGGAGCGACCCCACCCCAGUCAAAGCAGACUCCAUCCAUGAUUCCAAAGAAAGCCAUGAUCUGCAAAAUUCCUGCACAGCUCUAAAUGAGGAGUGUGAGGAUCUGAACUGGGAGGCCGAGAGAGAAAUGGAAAUUAUGUGUUGUGAAGGAGGAGAAGAUUUUAUUCCACCCAAGAUUAUGCUCAUAUCAUCAAAAGUUCCCAAAGCAGAAUAUAUUCCCACCAUAAUACGAAGAGAUGACCCUUCCAUCAUUCCCAUUCUCUACGAUCAUGAACAUGCAACAUUUGAUGACAUCUUAGAGGAGAUUGAGAAGAAGCUGAAUGUAUACAGAAAAGGGUGCAAAAUCCGAGAGAUGCUCAUUUUCUGCCAGGGGGGACCUGGCUACCUCUAUCUGUUAAAAAAUAAAGUCGCUACUUUUGCCAAAGUGGAGAAGGAGGAGGAUCUUAUUCAAUUCUGGAGAAAACUUAGCAGGUUGAUGAGUAAAACCAACCCAGAACCGAAUAUAAUCCAUAUCAUGGGGUGCUACGUCUUGGGAAACCCUAAUGGUGAAAAGCUUUUCCAGAAUCUGAAGAAUCUAAUGAGUCCACACCGGAUUGAUUUCAAGUCUCCUCUGGAACUGUCUGCACAAGGAAAGCAAUUGAUCGAAUUAUAUUUUGACUUUCGAUUAUAUCGCCUUUGGAAAACUCGCCAGCACUCCAAGCUGCUAGAUUACGACGACAUCUUAUGA